AUGGAGCCAGAAGACAUACAAACCGCCUGUGAGGGAGAUUUGUUUGACCAAGAAGAAACAGACAGCAAUAUGAGCAGUACCGAGAAUUUUAUGGAUGCUGGUCUCAAUCAACCCUCAGCCAAUCCAAUACAAGUCAAUGAUGCAGAAAAUUUUGACCAUGUACAGGAGAACAGUGUUGUUCGACCCUCAGAUAGCGUGAUACGAGUCAACAAGAGGGAAAUAAACGAUGCACAGGAAGAGCAAGUGCCCUCCGGGAAGCGUCGGUAUCAAGAAGUCGAUUAUUCAAAGAUGCUGCGUAAAACAGUGUAUGAACAAGAAGAACGGGUCAACAAAAUGAAGCGUAAAUUGUGUGACAACAAAGUAUUGUACGAGCAAGUUCAGCUCGAGAUCCAGGAACAACAAUGUCUUGCUGAAGAAGAUCCGGCCCUGACAGAGCGAGACACGCGACUGAGCAAAGUUUAUAAAGAACUCGAGGAGCACAAUAAUCAAAUCAAACAAAGUAGUGAAGCACUCGGCCUAAACAAUCAUAAGCAGACGGAAGUUGACAUACAGACGAUGCUGCAGGAUACUCACCAAAGAUAUGCACAGCAACUCGAGCAGUGGGAAGCAGAAGUCACCUUGGAGUUGGCGCGACGCGAAGCAGAGCUAAACGCAAGGAAAGACAAAGAGUUUGAAGAACGCGAGAAAUGCAUGAUUGACCACAUGGAACAAAGGCUACAAUUGGAAUUAAGAAAAUUCAAGGCAGAAAAAGAGAGCAAACUUGCCAACAUGGAGAGACGAUUUGCAAGACGUGGUCGACAACAAGGAGACGCGGAAAUGAACGCGGAUCCCGCCCCUAGGAGCGCUCAACAGCAACCCAAGAUGCCGCAAAAAUUCUUGCCUAGAACACCAUGCCUCGACUCAAUCAAAAGGAUCAAGAAGACACGUGGAACAUCGCACAGGACGUGCCUAGUGUCACUGGUAGCAGACGAUGACCCUAUGGAAGGACGUACAGAAGAGACACCUACCAUUGAACGAGAGAUACUGCAGUCACAACUGGAUGAUGCUUUCCCUAUGUCCAUUAUGGAGAGUUCAGUCUCCAAAUGCGUAGAAGCAGCAUUGAGACGAAUAUUCAUCGAUAGAGAAUUCCCAUUGGCCAUGAAGCGUAGUCCCCGAAGGAAAAAGUUGGAGGAUCAAGAACUCCAGACGGAACAGGCUGCAGAACUGAACCACGAAAGAGACUUCCUCCUCGCUGAAGUCCGGCGUGUCUUCAAGGACCAUUUCGAAAUCUCUCAAGACAGUGAUUUUAUAGUCCACCAACCAGCUAUUCGUGAAGAUGUGUACUCGUACGAACAUGAAGAUGGACUGGGCCCCGACCCAAAAAAACUUGCAUUUGAUCUUGCAAACAGAUCGAAAACCCUCUGGAAUGCUAAAGUUCUUGAUCUCCUGCUUAGGGAAUUGCAAGAAAGGUGUGUACAAGAGGGGUGGCCUUUCCAGAGAUCGGAUAGGUACUACAAAGCGAUCAUAGAGGAACGCUACAAGCAGUUGCGGACUGUGUGGAAAGCAGUGCAACCAAAGGUAACAGAAAGGGGGGUACUGGAGACUGCUGUGGAGGUGGAGGAUAGGUUGAAUACAAAGAAAGACGAAACUCUUAAGACAGUUCGUCAAUCAACUCGUAGGCGAAAUAAAUAUAUCCGAAGAACGACAGUUCUCAAACAUCUCAUCGACCUGAAGAACGACCAAAAGGAUGAGGACCUCCAGGUGUUACGCUGA